GUCACCGUACGAGGCGGACGUGCGUGCCAGCGUACGGCGAGCGUUACGCACUACCGGACCGAGCGAACGAUCGACGUGUAACGUCGCCCAUCCGCCAACCAGCCAGUAUCCAACGUCUGCACCGUAAGUGAGUUGAUAGUGAGGUGCAAUUCGUCCAAAGCCUUCUGCUAGCUCGUAAGAUCCCCGAUGCCGUCGCGCUCGAAAAGCCGGUAAUCGAUACCUGGUAGCAUGAUGCCGGGCUGCUGAUGCUGCGGAAGCACCGCUGAGCACUACGCUGCGCCACGAACAUCAUCAUGCGGCGCCUUACAGUUUCCGGCACGGUUUGUGGUGUGAUCCACUCUACGACGACGUCGGCGUGAAAACACACACAGCAGCGCGGUUGGAAAAGCAGUUAGAAGAAAUAGUGAACUAUACCAUUUCCAGGGAUUGUCGUUAAGGUGGAUUGAGUUUUCCUGUGGUUUUCCAUUUGUUUGGUUUCCUGCUUGUUUCGCGUCUCGUACACUCGUGUUUGUUCUGUUCGAGAAAAUGCCUCGGUAUGACUUUUUGCAAGUGAAAAAGUGUUUCUCCAAUCAUAGCGUCGCGUGUGCCGAAGCGAAGAUGAUUACCGGUGAUUGAACGGUGGUCAUUCCCGUCGUGUAUUAAGCAAACCUGGUGACCUAACGUGUGUAUGUAGAGUGAGAAAAAUGUGAAUCAUCCCGGAGCGGAAUCAAUGUAGAAAGAUCUUACGCUGGAUGCUACCCGUCGACUGAAUACCCCCCGGGAAUGGUUCUAGUGAAGCUUCAAUUUCCUAGUUUCUCAAACGUGCUUGACGCCGUAAGGUCUCACCAAAUAUCGACCAAAUAAUCGGGAGAGCUGCUCAAGGUCAACGUUGUCCCGAUACGCUUCCCCACUUGCCGAGCCACAUUGCAACGGAUUGACCACCGUACCAUUCGUCCGCGGUGUCAAAAAUCCUGUCAGCAAACACAAGAUGACCAGAAAGCUGCAACUGUUGGCAGUGCCACUGCUCAGCCUGUUGAUGGGCUAUGUAGCUAGUUUAGAAGAGGAUUGUGUCGACUUCCAGGGAAAUUCGGUCGCGCACGGUCUACUCUACGUACCUGGGCCGGGUGUGUGCAGCUUGUGCGUCUGUUACCACUCGGAGCCGCUGUGGUGCAAAGCAAUCUACUGUGAUCCUCCUUACUUCUGUAAAAAGUUUCGCGUCGGCGAGCGAUGCUGUGAAUUUGAAUGUCUGGAUCCGCCCGGCGAGGACGAGAUGUAUCAGGCACGGCUCCGGAAGCGCGCUGAGAUACUAGCUGGAAACGGGGCCAACGGGCUGUUACGGUCCGGUGGUGGUGGUCCGGAUGGCCUCUGGACACUGGCGAGCAGAACAUCCCUCGGGCUGCCGGUGCUAGUGGCGUUAGUUAACCGCGUUACGCAAAUGUUGCUGUUGCCGUCAUAGCUUUACUGAAAGUACAUCCACGUCACGGUUACGCUGCUCGGUUCCACUUCAUAACACAAUCUGUUACACUUUCUAUCGCGGGACACGACGGCGAAGUGACGAGCGAGCACAGAGGCCAGCCAGCAGCGCCACCGACGCUGCAUACCGUUAAUAGGAUAUUCAAUGGACAGAAGAACGUUUCAAAGGAGUACACCGUGAACCGACAGCCAGCCUUUUGGGUGGAGAGGGGUGGGUCAUCGUUUGGGGCACAGGAUGCGCGGCAAGUACCAAAGAACUGCGCUUAGCCUGACACAGGAUUGCAAACCGGGCCGAUUCAUUGUGAAUGUAGAGUAGCAAGAGCAGGAGCGGGCGCUAGAGAUGAAACAAUUUUUAAAAAUCCUAAAAAAAAAAACAUCGUGAUUACUAAACAAAAAAACGCUACUUUAAAGAUACUCUAAGAUGAAGGUUACGGCUACUUUAAGUAAACUAAUGAUGCAAAGUGCUAAGGCGGAGAGUGGAAGAGAGCGCGGUGACAGGUGAACGAGAUGCGGAAUACAAUUAAGACAAACAACACUUAGUCAAUAGACUCCUGAUGGUUUUUAAAGACGUUAAAAUAAAGACAGAAACAAGGAAGCAAUUCGCUCCCGAAGGAUAAUAAGCUAUAAGUCGAUAAAGUGGAGGAGGGCGAGGGAGAACCGUUAAAGGAACCGUAGCCAGGCGCGGUACAAUUAAAGAAACAUAACAAUUCAGACAAAUUCUAACAUAACAAACUUUGCUAACACUUUGCGAACUCUACCAUUCAUUAACAAAAACAGAGAACUCCAAAAAAUCGAAUUGCAAACACAACACAACAGCAGCAACAAAGAAGAAAGCGUACAGGCAAUUUGGAAUAGACAGUUGUUUACCAACCAAUACCACUACCAAUACGAAUCAGAAGAAUGCGCUACCAAGUGCGCUGUGAAACCAAUUAGAGAAACGGAAGCGCCAAUAUGGUGGUAUGUUUAGUUCUCGCACAAAAACAGGAACUGUCGGUGCGGGCGGUCGGUUCUCGCUACGCCUCGUUGGCUAAUACUUGCUCAAUCGUGCACCGCUGGUUGAGGGAUGAGGAUCCCAUUUUGUACAAAUUGAAUACACUUGUCUCCGAUCCGGCGCUAGCGUGUCUCAAGGUUUCUUAAGGCGACAAUUGGCGACAAACGGGGUGAAGGGAUGCUACGGUGAACAGAACAGCAAAAAAAAAGCGUAAAACGGGCGCCAACAAGCGUUAUCGUUACGGUUCACCUAGCACGCCCUCAAUGCCAGUGCCGGGGGCUUCCAUCAGCAAACCGUCAUUCCGGGAAUCAAUUCCGGAACUUUAUUUUCGACCAUCGAUCUCACACCCUACGACCAGUCAGCAGACAGUGACACCGGCAAUCGAUCGAUCAAUUGCCAGGCCGUCUACUAGCGCCAAUCGUUAUCACAUUGGCAAACCACAUCCGGGCGCCACCGUUCGGAUGCCGAGAACCUGAGAACGCGCAGCCACCGCGAACUCUAAACACAAACUUGCCAAACGCAAUCAAUGGUUUUUAAAGGAAUGUUUGCUCCGGGAAAGAUGGAGAAAAUGGUAGAAAACUCUGCCGUCGGAACGUCCGGAGUGAUCCCAAGGAUGCCGGGAAGUGAGUACGAAAAUCAAACAACCGGACCGGAGCACCAAUGGCGGACCAUGGUCCAAGGAUGCGCGAGAGCAAGAGAGCGCGCGCUACGGUUGCUGAGUCAAGUUGUUCGGUUCGAAACUGUCCCAAAACUUGCAUCUUGUCCGCCUGUCGCCUGUCGACGUGUUCGGUUGCGUGUUUUCCACGAUGCUCGAGUUCCGGUUCCGGAACUCGUCAAGUGAAGGCCGAACGCCCCUGUGCCCAGUGUUCUUUAUCUAGCAAGGGGGUGACCACCGACGAAGUGGAUAGUCGGAGUCCCAAUGCAAAGACGCUGGUCGCGCUACACUAACACACACGCACACACACACACACAUUUCGUUAUUGCCCAAUUCCGACGACAAGCAGGACUGUUCGGUCCUGUUCGGGAUGAUUCCGGCGAACGACCUUGGAAAAGCGGGUUCGAGCAGGAAGGCCGGUCCGGACAAAGUGUUAUCAGAGGACGACUGACGCCUGUUCCUAGACGCCAGCUGGGUUCCGGACGUUCUUGGCUCGGGUCCCAAAGCAAUAGCAAAAGCAAUAGCAGCGCAAGCAUUCCCCUGUUCGGUUGAAGAAUCUUAAUUUGACUUGCUAUAUCGAGGAAGGUCGACGGUCGACAUUCCACCCUUCGGUCACUAUGGCAACUAUAUGCGAGCAUUUUAUUGCCUAGCUGCAAGGCGGUACUUCCGACUAGUGAGUGUUGGGAGCGUUUUCAUGUUCGAGCGAAAUUUAUGUUGUGAAGUGUGACGCAGCAAAACCAGUGGCCAUUUUGUCACGAUUUAUGAGUUCCUAACAAACGAACCAGGCUGUGUACGCAAGGGCUUCGCCGAAUGACGAAUUGCCGUGGCCCCACUCUGCGAUAUUACUGUCACUGGCUAGUUCUCGUUUUCGGUGUGUCUAUCUUUGUUACACAAUCAUAUCAUACUCCGACACGGUACCUUCACUUGAAAUACGUCACCUGGCCGGAUAUCUCCGUUGUCAACGGAACAGAAACGCACCGAUGAUGCCUCCCGUGCAUCACGUGGCUAUCGUAAUGGGCACAUUCUUCUUCAAACCACCAGCAAAACGACACACAUGUUCCGCCGCGGCAAGCCCAUCAAUGUCAAGCGGUGAGCGUGAACAUCGCAGCUACAGUAUGGCGAGGCGAGCAAGAGCCAACAAAACGGGUACCUGCUCCCGUAAUCGUUGGCAGAUGUUGCCGCUUCGACGGUUCAACGGGUUGAUAAAGUUGGUGUGAUGCCAGGCCAGGACGAUACGGCCGCUGCAGACGCUGCUAUGGCUGUCCGCUGGGUAUUACCAUUUUCCCGGUUCCUCCAGACCAUAGAUUCUCAAGGAGAUGCCAUGAAAAGGUCAAAAGACAAUCAGUUCAUUUUAGAACUCCAGACUUCGCAGUGAAACGCGCGGAAUGCCACUAACAUUCCGUUUCCUAGGAGUUGCCCGCCCAAUGGGCUGCUGAUGCUUCCGACGAAUUGACGAGUUGGUGUAAUUGGGAAGCAAUGUCGGAAUUGCCAUUCUUUUCAAGAGAAUUUCUGUAAAAUUGAGCCCGUCCAUCGUACACCGUGCUCGUUACCCAUGAUCAAACGAUAUAUAUUCACGGAGAGUUUUCAAGUGGAGUGUCCCGUUUAACCUAAUUGGUAUCAUUGUUAUGGAACCUUUCAAAGAAUACCGCCCAACGAUCCGUUCCGUUUAUUGUCUUCGUUUGGGGAUUACGUGGCCCGCAUGGAGUCAACUGAUUUGCGUUUCCAUCCGUUUGUGUGUUCCAUAGAGAAGUAUGGCACGAUGCUUCCAGCGUUUAAACCCCUUUACGCCCUUUGCUCUCACCGAAACAUGUCCGUUAGAAAAGGGAGAAAGCUGAGUCGCUCGUAGGAUCUUACUACAAGGAACAAGCUCGAUAUCAUUUUAGUUUUCCCCAUACCGGAAGCUCACACCGACAAGUAAUAAAUCAAGGAGUCUCAGUAGUUUUGUACGAUGUAGACAAUGGACAAGGGAUGAUAACACGGCCCUGCCUUCGCCGCACCGGAAAGCUGUUGCAAAGCCGGACACAAUCACUACCGCCCUGCAGGUGAACCGAAGCGAGCAAGAAAUAUCGAUCUCAAAGACACCGAUCUGAUCGGCUUGCCGGUGCUCGGUGGAACCUUUUUUCUUCCGUCUUUGGACCAAGGUCAAACUUUCAUCCGAUUGUCCGGUCGGCCUAUUCUCUGCAAGAUUGCUACUGAUAACAAAAGAAGAAAGACGGGAAGUGCGGGAUAUCCGGAAAACUUAAGAUUAUAUCAAUGUCUCGACCGGCGCAAGCCCUUCGCAAGUCCGGAAGUUCGACAGUCUGGGUGGACGCACGAAACGGAAUAACACCUGUCAAAUGACCCACAGAUCAGAGGCAAACGAAACUGGGAAUGUAACACGUCGGGCGGGAUCCGGGUUUGACUUCGUUCACCAAAUUACCUUUGAGAAGGGUUCGCGUCCUUGCGGACAUGGCGCUGCACGUGCUGUGAUCAAACGGCCGGCUAGAUAAUUGCUUUCCACGAAAUCAGAAAUAAAGGGACUUGCUGAACGUGGUAUUGAUCCUUGAAGGCCACUCUGCCAUCCAGCAAAGGUUCAUUGACUGUACGCUUUAUACAGCAGUCGAGUGGCUCAGUGGUAAGCGCUUAACCUUCCUGAUGGAAGCGAUUUGUGUGACCUGAGCCCGGAGGAGGAGGAGGAGGAGGAGGUGAACGUCGCGCCACCUUUUUUAUGGAAUCGCUCUCGCAAUCACCAUAACUCGUUUGAUCAUUGAUUAAAUAAACUUCUUUGCACCGUCCAGAUGGACCCCAAGCUGCCCAGCCACGGAAUCGAAGUAAGCGACGAACCGUUCUCCCGCCUGCUUCGUUUAAUGAGUACCGGUGAAUAACCUGUUUUCUUUGUAUUGCCGGUAGUCCAUAACGGGCGAGAGUAAUAAAUUCCAUCCAGCAAAAUUCGUUUGAACUUCCUUUCAUCGGCCAAAAACAGACCACCACGGUGGCACCGGUUAUCGAUUCUGGGCUUCGCACUAACCAUGCAGACACCAACCAAGUACCAAAAAUCGUUUGCAUUCAACAUUUUGCCAUAGAAUUCAAGCAAUGAGUAACGCUUUACCCUGAAAAGGAUGCCGUUUCUUCUUCCCAUUUACUAUCCACCCCGAUGUGAGUAUGAACAUGGUGGUCUGUUUUUUGCCGGUUCCUCAACCGAACACCGACGGGUUUUGCAGUCUAAUAGGUGUCAAUAGCGCAUGGAAAAACAGUGUUUUUUGGGUAGCAAACAUGGCGAGGCAGGGCGGGGAGGAAUAAAACGGUUCAACCGUUUUUUUUUUCUCUCGACAUAAACCCGAACCCACCUCACUUUGGUGUAAAGACAGGUUUCGACUAAGGCAACAAAACAGAAAAAAAGACUACCAACCCAAAAAAUACAAAAGGACCUUAACCAGACUGCUGGGCUAUAUAUGCUGGGGAUACCACUUCGGGAAUCCGGAUUCCGGGCUGUGUAUUGUGGCCCGAUUUAUGCCGAUAUUUUUGCACGACAAGUGAGAGGUUGGAGAUUGAAUUAUACUUGGAUUAAAUCGAUCGGCACAGUACAGCACAGUAAAACACAGCAAAAAAAAAAGGAAAAAAGGGACAAGAUAGG